UACUAACUAUGUCAAACAAUACCGCACCUACAUAAGUCAAAUAGGCCUAACGUUACAUACAGAAACAAUUUGAGUGUGCAAAAAAUUAGAUGAAGAGCCUUCCUUAUUAGCAGACGGUGACAUUUACAUUGUGUCCCGCCUACAAGGCGUGGAAUUGUGUCUCCUUUCCAAAAGUAUUUCACUGGCGAGAGAGAGGGAGAGAGAUUUAUUGAGAGAACAUCAUCAAUGGCCCAGUCACAGGGUGAGUAACACUGAGCAUCGACACACAUUACCAGCAAAGAAGGCUACUGUAAAAUCAUACAGCAGUUUUAAAGUAGAGCCAGAAAGCAUCAGGAGCAUCAUCUGAACAGCCGCCCGGAGACAGGCUCCAUCAUGACUGCAAUGGAGGAGCAGGCAGAGACUGGCUGCAUGACUGAAUAACACUGGCCGCCUUUUGAGGAAUAGCCCUGGUACGGACUGUAAUCCGAGUGAGGGAGCUGACUCUGUGGUUUGUACAGCAGAACUGUGACAGGGAUUGAGGCCCUCAACACUUCUCCAUUAGGGUGCUGCAAUAAGACAGCCAUGCCGCCCCCAGCCGACAUCGUGAAGGUUGCUAUUGAAUGGCCCGGUGCUAAUGCUCAGCUUAUAGAGAUGGACCAGAAAAGACCUUUGUCCUCAAUUAUACGGGAAGUAUGUGAUGGCUGGUCUUUAUCAGGAUCCGAGCAGUUUGCUCUGCGUUAUGCUGAUGGCCCUCAACUUUAUAUUACUGAGCAGAGCCGUGGUGAAAUCAAGAACGGGACCAUCCUUCGAUUAGCCAUUUCCCCUGCUCGUGCUGCUCGUCAGCUUUUGGAAAGAAUCCAGUCCCAUGGUAUCGACGCUCGCCUGGAGGCUCUGAAAGAGCUCGCCAAGCUGUCUGCAGACCCAACCUUUGCCGCCGAGUUCAUUAAUAUGGAGGGCAUUGGGACGCUUGCACGUCUUGUUGAGAGUGGCACCCACUUUGGGGAAAUGCUGGCCUUCACUCUCACUGCUUUCCUGGAGCUAAUGGAUCAUGGCAUUGUUUCCUGGGACCUUAUCUCCCUCUCCUUUAUCAAACAGAUUGCAGGCUAUGUAAACCAGCCGAUGGUAGACGUGUCCAUCCUGCAGCGUUCUUUAGCCAUCCUCGAGAGUAUGGUCCUCAACAGUCACAGCCUCUACCAUCGAGUGGCACAGGAGAUCACCGUGGGACAGCUCAUCGGGCACCUGCAAGUGUCAAACCAAGAGAUCCAAACCUACGCCAUCGCUCUCAUCAAUGCUCUUUUCCUGAAGGCACCGGAGGACAGACGGCAGGAGGAGUAUACUAACCCGCUGGAGCAGCACCUUACUGAAAUGGCAAGCACUUUGGCUCAGAAACACCUGCGUUCCAUCAUCCUCAACCAUGUUAUCAGAGGAAAUCGACCAAUCAAAGCAGAAAUGGCACAUCAGCUGUAUGUGCUGCAGGUGUUGACCUUCAACCUUUUGGAAGAACGAAUGAUGACCAAAAUGGAUCCCAACGACCAGGCUCAGAGAGACAUCAUUUUUGAGCUGCGAAAGAUAGCUUUUGAUGGAGAAAAUGACCCCACCGGUACAGAAAAGAGAAAGGCCAUGUACUCCAAGGACUAUAAAAUGCUGGGGUUCACUAACCAUGUGAAUCCGGCCAUGGACUUCACCCAGACUCCUCCGGGAAUGCUGGCUUUGGACAACAUGCUGUACCUUGCCAAGGUUCACCAGGACACAUACAUCAGGAUUGUCCUGGAGAACAGCAGCCGUGAGGACAAGCACGAAUGUCCCUUUGGACGCUGUGCCAUCGAACUCACUCGAAUGUUGUGCGAGAUCCUCCAGGUUGGAGAAUUGCCUAAUGAGGGCUGCAACGACUACCAUCCUAUGUUCUUCACUCAUGACCGGGCAUGGGAGGAGUUCUUCUGUGUCUGCAUCCAACUACUUAAUAAAACCUGGAAGGAGAUGAGGGCCACAGCUGAGGACUUUAAUAAGGUGAUGCAAGUGGUCCGUGAGCAGAUCACCAGGGCUCUGGCGAUGAAGCCGUCAUCUUUAGACCAGCUGAAGAAUAAACUGCGAGGCCUCAACUAUUCAGAGAUUCUGCGUCUUCGCCAGUCAGAGAGAAUGAGCCAAGACGACUUCCAGUCUCCUCCCAUCAUUGAGCUGCGGGAGAGAAUUCAGCCCGAGAUCUUGGAGCUCAUCAAGCAACAGCGACUCAACCGGCUAUGUGAGGGGAGCUGUUUCCGCAAGCUGGGGAACCGCCGAAGGCAAGAGAAGUUUUGGUUCUGCAGACUCUCACUGAAUCACAAAGUGCUGCACUAUGGAGACCUCGAUGAGUCACCUCAGGGUGAAGUGCCUUUUGAGCUACUUAGUGACAAAAUCCCCGUGUCUGACAUCAAGUCUGUGGUGACCGGAAAGGAUUGCCCUCAUAUGAAAGAAAAAAGCGCUCUGAAACAAAACAAGGAGGUGCUGGAGUUAGCCUUCUCUGUCCUCUAUGAUCCCGAUGAGACACUCAAUUUUGUUGCGCCCAACAAGUAUGAGUAACUGCUCUUGGACUGAUGGGAUGUGUGCGCUGCUGGGCAGAGAGAUGGGCAGUGACCUGACGCGCAGUGACCUAGAUACUCUGAUCAGCAUGGAGAUGAAGCUCCGCCUCCUUGACCUUGAAAACAUCACCAUCCCAGAAGCCCCGCCCCCGUGCCGAAGGAGCCUAGCUCAUAUAACUUUACCUACAACUACAGCUGAGUGUGUGUGUGUGUGUGUGUGUAUGUGUGUUUUUGUUUGUUUGUUUGUCAAGGAUGAGUAUACUCAAUCUUUUGAUAAAUUUAAGGUAAUAAUGUUACUUUGAAUACUUUUUUAAAAAAUAUUUCAAAAUCCUGGAGACUUCUCUCCAUCCGUGUUGUGAUGCUGUAUGGUUAGUCAAAUAGCAUACAUGUGUGAGGUCAGAGUCUACUACAGAGCAGUACCGGAGAUGGUAUAAUAGGAAUUUUGUGACUGAAUCUCAUUUAUUAGUGCAGUCUCCAGGCAACGCCUCCCAAUUAUUUGCUAUUUAAAGGUAUAAACGCCUGUAAAGUGAAGGAAUACUGUGCCUGAUGGGGAAUAUGGAUGAACGAAUAUAUUUUAGCCAAAUUGUGGCUUAACUGGGCAAUUAAACCGUGAGUGCAGUCUUCAUGGCAACAGAAGAUAAAGUAGCUAUUACCCAUAAGUACUAUUCCAGCUUUAAUACUGCGUUCACUUUGUUCAGUAUGUCCCUCUACAUGACAAACAGUCAAACGUCACGUAGGGUAGAGUUUGUGGGCAGAGAGUUUACACACUCACACAUCCUGAAAUGAGAUUCACCCAGGAGGAGGGAUACACACACAGGGGAUCAAACAAGUUUCUGGUGAAAGGACUUUUAUUUGAAUAGAGUCUGGUGGGUUUAGCGAUAACAAGUUUGGUGAUGUUUCAUGUUAAACAAAAAAGAUUGACCUUUGUAGGGAUCCUUUCCAUAAUGUUGGCAGACAAUUAAAACAAUAAUCAAAACAUGGUAAGAGUAAAACAAGCACUUUUUGUGGAUGUAAUUGAAGGUGAGCAAUUGCCCAAUAACCUACAUUGUAGCUUGUUUUGCUGAUGCGGACUGCAGUCGUCUUGCUUAAUACUGGACCAAUUUCAAAGAUUGUUGUUCCCAUCAGUCAGUUAGACACAAAAACACAGGAUAAGAAGCUCCAGGUUAAAGUUACCUUUUAAGUGUUUGUCAACAUUCAAAUUAAUUGCCUGUUCAUCAAUUAAUUAAUUAUUACUCUAAUCAUUUUAGCUGCACCAAAAUGGUGCGGUCAGCUAAUAUCGUUUUACGGCUUCUGUUUACUCAACAUUCGUGCUGCUUUAGAUUGUUCGGCUCACUUUUUUCUCAGACUAACACACCAUUAACAGAUCUGUUUAACAGUGUGGAAAACUAGAUCCUAUUGAAUUGAAACUGCUCAAGUAUGUGGUGUGAAGAUAUCCUUGCCUUGAAAUUUUGGGCAACAUGAGCAUUUACAUGAAUGAGUUCCAACACAUUAUACUAUAAACUGUGUUAAUUAAUGUUUUUCCUACUAUGACUUCUCCUAUGAAGCAUUCAUAACUGAUGUACUGGUGUAUGAACAGUUGAUCAACGUUUGAUAACAGUAUACAGUUUAAAUAAUAUAUAAUCAUAUAUCUUCAAUAGUUAAAAAAUAGUCAUACUGUAUAUUGGCUUACAUCAGUGUUUCUCAAACAUUUUACACCACUUACCACUUCAGAAAAUAUUAGGCUCUCUGAGUAUCACCGUUAUGGUGGUUAUGGUUCAUGCAGGAGGCAAGUUUAUUCCUCAAAACAAUAUUUGUUGUCGACAGCCACAGCCCAACGUACUUCCCGCUCUAACUGAAGCCAAAUUUGAGAUAACUCGGGUCAUAUCUACAUACUGUUUUGCAUCAUUUGCUGCUAGCAGGGUCUGUGGAGACUUCUCCGCCGCUGCUUAAGUAGCAACUAGCUCUUAUGCUCAUCCACAUUUCCUCCUCAUCCACACUUCUCUUCCUCAUAGUUAAAGUUUGGAGCCAUGACGCAGUGUUUUUAAACCAUACAUUUUACCUCAGUGUCUUACCGCUUACAAUAUUAUUAUCACAGCUCAUUACUAAUUAUGGAUGUACAGUAUGCACGCUGUGUUCAUGAAUGUAACUAUGUAGCAAUCUGACAUCAAAACAAAAUAUUACACUUAUUUGUAGUAUUUCUUGGUAUUAAGUUUUUAAAUUUUUUUUAAAUCUUUUUUUAAAUACAUCAAAGAUUCCAUCCACGUACCACUAGAGGGAACUUGCGUACCCUCAGUGGUACUCGUACCACAGUUUGAGAACCAGAGGCUUACAGUAUAACAAUUUUACAAUGUUAUAAAUCAUUUAACUGUUUACAUGAUGAUUACAUGAUUGAAACUAUGUAUAGAUGUAUUUAAAAGUACUGAAAAUAUAAUUAUGAUUACAACUAUGUUAUAUUGUGUCAUCAAACACUGAUUACAUGUUAAGCCACCAGUUAGGAAUGCCUCAUAGGAGGGGUAACAGUUUUUAACCGAUAAUAAAAAAAAAACGUUAUUGUCCACCAGGAUGGAAAUUUGUCUUUGGCUCAUCUAACAUCAUAUCUGCUACAAGUACAUAAUAGUGUCCUAUAAACCAUUUUUAAUUGUUUUUAUACUGCUUAUAAGUACUAAAAUAGAUUUGGGUUGAAAUACUGUUACUAUAUUUAGAAAGAUUAUAGUGACAAGUUACAGUGGUGUUUCUUUUUGGUAAAACAAACUUCUCUGACGUUCCAAGAGUCUUUGAUGCCCGUUGUAAUGGAAUUAUUAAAUUAGUUUUGAGGCUUAGUUUCAGACUUUUUGUCACACUGCACAGGCAAACAGGAUAAAAGAACAUCUCUGUUGGCCUGUUUUAGAAGCAUGACCCUCAAAUGAAUGGAAGCAGGUCAAAAACGACUGAGUGACAUGUAAUAUAAGAGCAGACAAUAUUCUGUGCUUUGUAUACAGUGAUAUAAAUUAUACUAUGAUUGCUUGAUGUUUUCUUAUUUCCGUAGUGUCAUUGGUUUGUGUAUUUUAUUCAUGUCACUUAAUGUCCUGUCAUCUUCUAAACCACUGCUAAUCACUGUCACUUGUUAAUGCAGAAUAGAAUUAUAUUUUUGUAAAUGAUUGUACAAUCUUAUCAGCUGUAAAGAGAAUGGUGUCGAGCUAACAGCAUUUUCACUUUGUAUCACUCUGUACAGUACAUUCAACACACUCAUUACUGUGGAAGGACAUUUCUCACUGAAAACAGUUUUUUGGUCUUCACAUUUUUCAAAGUCACAACACCUCAUUUUCAUUAGCAACGACACCCACUCCAGCACCUAAUGAUGUCAGUGUUAAUGUAUCUUAUAAUGCUAAUGGCAAAAAUAAAAAUUGCCAUUACUGUUGAUGCUGUUUGUGAAAAGAAUUAUAUUUGAAGUUAUUUUAUUUUUUUUUCCCAAAUAAUGUUUUUGCUGUUUGAUUUUUAGCUGAUGUUGGAGGAUGUAAAGGUUCUCUGUGGAGGUUUAGACUUCUAGUAGUGCUGUGGAGCUGUUUUUCUAUGAGUGGGUCCCUGUGUUGUUUGUCUCGUGCACGCAAACGCGAACAUACAUGCAGUCGGCUACCGGCAAUACACCAGUAAAGACGGGAUAGAAAAAGACUGCAAGCUAUAAAACGUGGAUGUAAACAAUACUGGAUGUAAAGUACUUAUAAAAUCAACUUUGCAAUUGUUUUAUGACACGUUUGUUUCCAACUUGAAAAUAUAGACAUCAGUAAUACUGAAUGUAAACAUAACCUUUGUUUACAAGAAAAUUUCCUAGGCCACCUUCAACUGCUUAAAAAACGUUAUUUUAUAUUAGAUAAAGUCAUUGAACUGCAGCUAAAAUAUAUCAAUUGCCACAAAAUACCAGAAUGUGUAAAGGAUUGUUGCAUUGGAUGUACUAAUACUAUGACUUGAGGUUUAUUUGGUACUCUUUUACAUGACUUGCUAAACUAUUUAUUUACACUUGCUAGUGCUAGUAAAGAAUGACAUGUUAGAUAAGAAAUAACAAAUCUAAAUAUGGUAUACAUAUAGAUCAUUGUAUGUACUGUAUAUACAGCAUUGUGUUGCCUUACUGAAGAAAAUGUAUUAUGUUUUGUGUGAAUAAAUACAGAGUCUAACUACUGUUAA